AUGCCUUUCUCCGAAGCAUGGAAUCUACUAACACCUCACUCAAACACAAGUUAUCUCACUGAAAGGACAAAAUCGCCCGUUCUGAUUCUCUCACUUGAGCAAGGUUUCACCGUGUCUGGCUCAAUGGCAGAAAGACUUGGUGAUAAUCCGGAGAAUUCAAAAUCCCCAAGCCCGGCGCGGCGAGACUCCCAAACCGUCGAGAAAGUUUCUAGAGCUUGUGAUAACUGUUCCAAGUCGAAAUCGAAAUGUCUGCUGAGGCCUGGGACGAAGACCUGCGAGAAUUGCAGAUUCUUGGAAAUUGCAUGCACCUUUAAUCGCACCGUAAAGAAAAGGGGCCCUCCAAAAGGAUAUGUGAAUACUCUGGAGCAGAGAUUAGCUUCGCUAGAGGGCCUAGUUGCCGAGCUACGAGACGGACAAGCAGAGGCUGGCCAUGUAUCAAUCAACAACACAACUCUGGCUUCUUCGGCCAUAAACUCGAAUUAUAACAACAAGCCAAAUGUACAAGAAUAUGCAAUCCCCGAUAACAUAAACCCUCAUCAAAAGCAUAUAUCUCUUCCAGAGAAUCCAUACAAUCGGAAAACAGACAGUACUUCAGAGCGCUCAACAGUUUUGGGUUAUCUGUCAGUCGACGAGAAUAUGACCAUGCGGUACCAUGGACCAACAUCAGGUCUUCAUUUGAUGACCGCAUCCCGAGUGUUUGUGUCUCCUUUUUGGCAUUUCUCUAACCCCGGCUUCUGGCCACGAAGCAAACGCACUACAUUUCGCACAGAAGACGAGAUCGUAUCUGCGGCAGAUGCCAUAUUAGGUGGAAUUCUUCCUACCAUCCCCUUGCAGAAUAAACUCCUCGAGUUGGUCUCUCCUUUCAAUCUAUGUAUAUCUACCUCUAACCUGGAAUGCUUGCGUAGAGCGUAUUGGACCUUUGUGCAUCCCUGCUUCCCAGUCGUGCACAGAGAGACAUUUCUCUUUCAGCUGAGUAAAGACCGUCGUGGCAUGCCUCGACAAGGGAAAUCAGCAUUCGAUCAGAUUGAACGCCGAAUUCCGCAGGUGCUUUUACUGUCGAUGUUUGCACUCUCAGCUCGUUUUAUUGAUAACUGUGAGCCUCGAGAGGACAGUGAUCCGGGCGACGAUUAUGCAAUCAAAGCAGAGACUUUACUUGCUCAACAUAAGCAAAGUAGCAUAAACUGCUGUUUGGCGUUAAUUAUGAUGGCCUAUCGCGAGAUUGGCACCGGUGGUUCUAUCAGUUGGAUGUACGUAGGAAAGGCAGUUCGAAUGGCCCAAGAUUUAGGUUUACAUCGGGACCCUUCUGUCUGGAAAAAAACACAGUGCUUUCGGAAUAUGUCCAAUGUUGAGAUGCAGAUUCGGCGUUUGAUAUGGUGGGGUGCUUUUGUGCUUGACAGAUAUAUUUCUGCAUGGCAGGGUAGACCUUGUGCCAUUCACCAAGAUGAUUUUGAUACUCAGUUUCCCGACGAUACCUUGUAUGAAAACAGAGAUAACUCUUUAUCCUGCUUCGUGCAAGUCAUCAAACUAUGCAAGUCACCAUCUAUAACGAUGCCCAUACUUCAAGGACGAAUACACAAAGCAUUCUACUCCGUAGGAAUCAAAGACCCCAACUGGGCGACGCUACAUGACCUGGAGAAUGAGCUUAAUGAAUGGGAGGCAGAUGUUCCAGAAUUCCUCGCCAUCAAACAGGGAGUGAAAUUACCAGUAGCAAUUGUUGUGAUGCACGCACAAUUUUGGAAUUGCAAAGUGCUCCUUCAUCGUCCGUUUAUCGUGACCAGUCGAAACGAAGCCCAGAGCAAUAAUCCCUCACUGCUGGCAGCAACUUCGGCGGCUGUUGCAAUUUCGAACCUCCUCGAACAUUUCACAUCCUCUUAUAAUCCCACCUUCGCCCCGCCAUUUUUCAACUACUACUGUUUCACGGCUAUUAUAAUGCACCUUUUUAACCGCGCCACAUAUCCUGUCCUCUUCUCUCCAUCUGCUUUGAUGCAUUGCAUAGACUGUUGUCGAAAGAUGAAGAGUAUAUGGUCGAGCGCAGCGCGGACACUACAUAUCAUUGAGGGUGUCGAUCAUAAAGUUGAAAAUACAAUGCCGGAUUACUAUAGCAUCCAUUCUGGUGCGUCAGCACCGACCGCAGCUGCUACGGCAAUGGUGGAUGCCCAGCAUCAAGGAGCCGCAGAAGGAGACGAAUCGGCAGUACUGGGCUUCUCAUUGUCGUCGUGGCCAUCUCCAAUUGCUGAACCAGACUGGUUGGGUUUAGAGACAUGGAGGGGUUGA